GUUAUGCACUCGUCAUCUCGCGUGAUCACUCGUGAUCAGCACGGAAAAUUACGGACACGCAAACAUUAGGGAAAUACGUCGAGUGACACAUCUUUAUAGUAUCUAAUCUUUGGUGAGAGUGAAGCGAAUUGCGUGAGACUCACGCCGAAUGCGUGAGAGUUGAGAGGUCUGUACUUCAUGUAACCAAGUCUUGAAGAGGCUUCUUUUUAAAAACUUGGAAAAAAAUUUAAAAUGGUGAAUUUGACUUCGAUUGUACUUGGAAGGCCACCGCAUUUAAUCUAUGGCGUGAAAAGAGGAAAAGUGCCUACGUCGUUAAGACCUCAUGUUAUCUUGAAGAAACAGGCGCUAGGAAGUGAGUACCCUCAUGGCCUCAUUAUGCACCUAUCAAUGUUAAUCCCGAGGGUGGGGGGGUCGGGCAAGGGGUGGGGAUUUGACAUUUUUACAGAAAAAAAUGUCAAAUGCCACUCCCUCGGAACAAAAGUCCUGGGCAAAACUCCCCACCCCCGGGGAUGAAAUUGUAUUCCUGAAGUAUUUGGUUUCUGGUGCACUCUAUACGUCAGGUGAUAGGGGAAUGACAUGAAUACAUUCAGCGGUAUAAUUUAAAAGUAUUACAAAUAUAAUGAACGUUUCAAAAUAACUUAAAAUACCCCUUAAUGGUUCAUAAACCUUGUGACAAAUCAUGUCAGCCAUAUUACGUCACAUGGAGUGACUUAAAAAUCUGAUAAAACACAUGUAUGCAUGUGGCAUUAUAUAAUCGUUCAUCCUAAUUAGUAUUCUUAUAUAAUUGUUCGUCCUAAUUAGUAUUCUUUUGUAGUCGUAUUUUAAGCUAUUUAAAACACGAGUAGGAGUGUUUUAUCAGACAUAAACGCUCGGCUGCGCUUCGCAUUUUAUAUCUGACAAAACUGUCCUACUCGUGUUUUAAAUAGUAUAUAAUGUGAAGUUUUAACAUAUAAGUAUAAAUGAUAAAUCGAUAUUAACAUAAUUAUAAAAUGUCCAGAAAUCUCCAUAUUUCUUGUAAAAAGUAUGCGCGUCUGAGACGGCGAGCGAUGCAACCUCGUUCCCAGGCUCUUUCCUCUACGCUCCUAGGAGGAAAGAGCCUGGAAGCGAGGUUGCGAGCGAUGAACUAGUGCCCAGUCUUCAGUUUGUUCAAAAAUUGGCUCGGGUUUCUUCAGUAUAUCGUCUGAGAUCAGUGUUAAUCUGUCAAAAAUCCCCACCCUCAGGCCACUCAGAAAAAAAGUGUCAGUCCAAAUCCCGACCCACGGGACAAAGUAAUUGAUCAAAUCCCCACCCUUUCCUCGACCGUUAACAUUGAUAGGUGCAUUACUUUCAUUACAUAUUUUGCUGGUCCAGUGUUACUGCAGGAAGAUUACCUAUGACCUAUCAAACUAUUAACUUUAUUUUAUUCUGGAUAGCUCUAUCAAGUUUUAAACUGUAGUCCUUAGAGGUCCAGUACAGUAAAGAUCAUCUCUUACUGAUCCAGUGUUACUACAAGAGGAAACCUAACUAAACUAACUUUAUUUAUACUGGAUAGCUCUAUCAGUUCUAAACUGUUCUCCCUGGAGGUCCAGUACAGGAGGAAACCUAAACUAAACUAACUUUAUGUAUACUGAAUAGCUCCAUCAGUUCUGAACUGUUCUUCCUAGAGGUCCAGUAAGGAUCAUCUCUUAUUGAUUCAGUGUUACUACAGGAGGAAACCUAAACUAACUUUACAUAUACUGAAUAGCUCCAUCAGUUCUGAACUGUUUUUCCUAGAGGUCCAGUAAGGAUCAUCUCUUAUUGAUUCAGUGUUACUACAGGAGGAAACCUAAACUAACUUUAUUUACACUGGAUAGCUCCAUCAGUUCUGAACUGUUUUUCCUAGAGGUCCAGUAAGGAUCAUCUCUUAUUGAUUCAGUGUUACUACAGGAGGAAAGCCUAAACUAACUUUACAUAUACUGAAUAGCUCCAUCAGUUCUGAACUGUUUUUCCUAGAGGUCCAGUAAGGAUCAUCUCUUAUUGAUCCAGUGUUACUACAGGAGGAAACCUAAACUAAACUAAUUUUAUAUAUACUGGAUAGUUCUAUCAGUUCUAAACUGUUCUUCCUAGAGGUCCAGUAAGGAUCAUCUCUUAUUGAUCCAGUGUUACUACAGUCCUGAGGAAAUGUGUGUAUCAGCUAAAUCUAUGUGAAUACAAUUGCAUUUUAUCUUCUUUAUAAAAGAUGCAUCAUGUACGGAAGAAAUGUCAAAACUGAUGGACUGUUUUAAAAGGGAGAACUUUGAAGAUCGGAAAUGCUCAACAGAAAUUACCGAGUUCUUGGAAUGUGCUCGAAUAGCGGUAUGUGUACAUGGAUAUUGGGCGAAUUUGUGAUGGGGUCUCAGCAUUUGAUUUUCUAUAAAUUUGCAUUAUGCACGGGAAAAAUAACCAUUUUUGAGCCGAAAGAGGUUGUUUUUCACAGGCAAUACAAAUUCCUUAUUCCAUUAGAAAACUUCCCAAUUUCAUCAAAAAUUGCCAAGUUGUGUAUAAUCUCUGGCUCGAAAUCAAUUGAAACUCACUUAGGCUUGAUCUUUUCAGGCAAAAAAUAGAAUAGCUAAGAAAUCUAGUCAGAGUGGUUGGACCCUGGAUGAACUUAACACAGUUUUGAAAGAAAAUACUCAGACGAUAAAGAAAUCUCGGGUGAGAACGUAAAAUGUACGCCUUGUGUGAUGUUUCGUAUUAUCACUGGGCCAGGAACCAGUCUGCUCAUUAUGAAUUACAGUUUUGCCCACUUGUUCACAGAGACGAAUAUUGUCUUUUGCUUGCAUGUCGCUUUAUCAUCACUGACAACGAGGCCAUACCAGUAUGGUAAUAAUACAACCUCGUACUCAGGGUCUUUCCUCUUGGCGAGGGAGAAAAGAUCAUCAGGGUUCGUGUGUAAAAGCGAAAAAAGUCUUUAAAUUCUUUAGUCAGCGAUUAUUUGAUUAUACGAUUUCCUAGCUAAUAAAAUAGAUUGAUUGAAGCAAGAUUUUUGCAAAUAUCGAUGAAAAAGUGCAUUUUAGGAUGUGAUUUGAUGCGACUAAUUACCUGGUAAAAAUUGUGCUUACACUCGCAAUUUUUCGAUACCUGAUUGCUCUCAAAGGUCUUUGAAAAGUCUUUGACAAUAGGCAGAAAAAUCUUUGAAAGUCUUUGGAAUUUUUUUGGUCUCGGAGACUACAAACCCUGACCAUGGUAGACGCUGGUCACGUGAUCUGCUAAAAUCUAGCAGAUUUUUAACUAGCAAUCCAAGAUGAGGUCAAUAAAUAUUUGAUAUUUGGAUGAUUUUUAUAGUUUAAUUUAUAAUUUGCUUUUUGUAUGAUUGUCGUAAUGGAAUCCAAGAUAGUUAAUCAGAAAUCUACUAGAUUUUAGCAGAUCAAAUGACCAGGGUCUACCAGCUGAGGGUCUUUUCUCCCCGAGAGGAAAUACCCUGGGUACGAGGUUCGGUAAUAAUACUGCAAAUAUCAUAAAUAGUACUAUUUAAGAUAAAAUACUUAUUGAUUUCGUAAAAUGAAUUUCAUGUCUAUGUGAUACCUGGAAAGGCAAUCGAUCUAUUGUGCAUGCUUAAGAUAUGCCUUAAAACGCGCCUUUUGUUACUUGCUAAUAUUGUUACAACCUUGUGUCGUCAACCUUGUAACAUUCUUGGUAUCCAGGUGAUCUCGUGUUCGUAUUUUAGCCAAUCAGCGCUCAGAAAGGGUUGUCCGAAUAGAAAUCCAUUUUGAUGUAUUCAGUCAAUUAUAUCUUUCGUUAUUCUUCAUGAAACUAGUUGAAAUUUUGUAAUUAUGUUUGGUUGUGAGAAUUAUAUAGCUCUGACAAAAUAUGGAAUCGAAAUAAAGUAUAUUACAGGAGAUAUUCAGUUGUUUUAAUCAUAAAAUGGAUUUCUAUUUGACAACUAGUGCCAGUACUUUUCCGCGUAUCAAGAUCACCUGGAUAUCAUGACUGUAUCAGACUUGUUAGAACAACCUUGUAACAAGUUUGAUAAAUGCCAUCAAGCUUGUUACAAGUUGUUAACAGCUUGUUCCAAACUUGUUACAACAACUGGGAACAAGCAGUGCGAACACAACUUGUCGACAGCUUGUGAACAGAUUUGUAACAACUUGUUUGCAGACCAGAAGUUGUCAACAAUGUUGUUACAGUAUUGUUCAGUUGUAACAAUCCUGGACAACAUGUUCUUAGGGUGUAUUACAACCUUGUUCAAGCCUGUCGAUAUCAACGGAGAAAAGGUUUCUCGUUUUCACAAAUACAUAUAUCAAAUACUUAGUAAUUAGAGAAUUUAAAGACAUAAAAAUAUUUUCUUUGCUUUUUCAUACAAUUGAAAGACCUUUCAAAGGUCUUGUACUUAUUAAUCCACUACGAACCCUAAAUUAUCAAGUAAACUACGUGAAGCGUUUCUCUUUUGACUUCCUAACUCAUUUGGAAUUUUCCUCAUCAGCUUUGCAAGUUUGAAAAACUCUUUGCAAACCCUCGAGGGAAUUUGUAAAAACUUCAUUUUAAAUUUUCCUAACUUCCUGUUUUAAUUUCCUGACUUCCCCCAGCCGGCUGUACGAAGGCCGGGAUAACGCUAUCCAUCGGAUAGUGAUUUUUUCAAGCUUUGUUAAAUCGGUCGUUGAUUGGUAUAACUCGUAUUAAAGUUUAGUAUUUAUAAGUUAAAUGUUUUUUAUACUACUUGUGUCGUCUAUAUCCGUAGUUUCACAGUUUUUCAAGCAUUUUACAAAGGUUGAAAAAUCACUAUCCGCGGUGGAUAGCGCUAUCCGACCUUCGUACAAUUGGCCCCUGUUCUGUUCUGAACGUUGUCAUCGGUGAAUUAUUUUUGUUAGCCAAUUGGUCUUUCUCACGAAGGCCAAAAUGCGCCAUUUUUGGGGUACUGUCUGUCCUCGUGAAAGAUUCUAGCCAAUAGACCUUUCCCCUUAUAAUCAAAAUUUUGAUCUAGGCAAGUCUAUAGACAAAUAUUUCAUCACAGCUUGAAAGAGCAUCACAAAAUUAUUAAUAUUCCAAGGUUUCGUUGCGAAAUGUUGUAAAAUGAGGAAAAUAGAGCCUUGCGAAGUUUGCAAUUUUCAGUCAUUUUGCAUUACAAACGGGAAAUUGAUGCCCCAACACCCGAAUCGGAUGUCAAUUUCCCGUGCGUAAUACAAAAUGACUGAAAAACGGCAAACUUCGCAAGGCUAUAUUAUCCGCAUUUUACAAGAUUUUGCAACACAACCUUGGAAUAUUACUAAUUUUGUGAUGCUCUUUCAAGCUGUGAUGAAAUUUUUGUCUAGACCGAAAUUUUAGUUAUAAGGGGAAAGGUCCAUUCAAACAACGUGAAAAGCGACUUUUAAAAGUUGCAACUGUAAAUUUACCAUUAUACAAACAACUACAAAACUAAAAAGUUUUAUUUUGUGGUGCAGAGACUCUCAAACGUGGAAGACGGCAGUACCCCAAAAAAUGGCAGAAAAAUCGGCAGUGAGAAAGCAUACGUGUAGAUUUAAUUUUUGUGGAGGUAGCCAGUCUUCAAGUGGAGCUAGGCUAUGCCACAUUCUUGUACCCAGAGCCCGCCUUACACGCAGUUAAGAGAGCAUGACUAGGGUCGACGGUACGAGAUUGGGUUGCUCCACAACUGCAGAUCAAAAUUUAGCCUCUGAACGAGAACAAAAUACCAAGUGUGCCACUGGGGGCUUCCAUUAGAAAAUCUGAAACUUUCAAGGCUUAAGCCCUGGGCAAACUAGGAAACAUUGUUGUGGUAAGAACAUUUGUGAUUCUCGAUGUUUCCUCAAAUGUUUCCCUGUUUGCCGAUCCGUGGAAACAUUGUUGCGGAAACAAAAUUUGCUUCCCGAGAAGCAAAAAUGUUUCCUAGUGAACUCAGAAACAUUUGAUGUUUCCCUAUGUUUCUCACUAAUGUUUCCUAGUGUUUGCACACUCUUGGAAACAUGGCGAAACAUUGGUAGGAAACAAUGUUUCCGGAACAAUGUUUCCUAGUUUGCCCAGGGCUUUAGAUACCUACUUUUUCAUGAUGUUUGGAGUUAUACCUAGCUCCAAAUGAUUUUUGGAGUUAGCCAGUAACUGCACGAUUCAUAUUUCAAAACUCGGUUAGUUUUGAAUUAUACAAGUUACUCAAGCGUAUAUUUGGUUUGGAGUUAGUCCUUUAGACUUUGCUUCCUACUUUCCGAAGCCAUGUGAGAAAGAACGCGCAGAACAGAACAGGAAGUUAGGAACUUCUAACAGAAACCGAGAAAAAUUUAAUCGGCUUCUAGCAACAUUGUAAUUUCCCUCAAGGGAUUUGCAAGGGAGUUGUUUUUUAAUUGCAAAGGCAAUGAGGAAAAUUGCAAUCAAUUUUUCUAAUUCAAAACAGGUACACUUGACGUAGUUUAACUGUUAUUGUCCAAACGGAUUUAAUCUUAUUCGGGCCAUUUAUACACAUCGUGUUAUAGACGGAUUAUCCCUGGUUAUACAUCCCAAUGUUUAUUUUUCUCUUAAAAAUUGUUCAACCAUAAAACACUUCGUGUUCAUCUCUGCAUCGUCGCUUCAACUUCGCUUAGGACUUCAUUUAAGUUGCUCAAUAAGAACUCGGCGUCUGAACGGCUAAAGCACAUCGGUGGCUUGAGUUUUAAUACGUUUUCGUCUGGUCCAUCCAAACUUACAAUUAUAUAUCUAUCUUUUAAUCUAAAAUGGAAAUAAAAAGCACUUAAUUUCAUUUCAUUGAA